CGAUCCUCCACCAAACUCACCCAUUUAUCUUUCUUCUUUCUCUCUUCACCCUCUCUGGUCUUACCCUCUCAGAUCCUCUCUUUUUCUCCAUCGAAAUACCCAAAAAAUGAGGGAAUGCAUCUCAAUCCACAUUGGCCAAGCAGGGAUUCAAGUUGGAAACGCCUGUUGGGAACUUUAUUGCCUUGAACAUGGCAUACAGCCUGAUGGACAAAUGCCGAGUGACAAAACUGUCGGCGGAGGAGAUGAUGCUUUCAAUACGUUUUUCAGUGAAACGGGUGCAGGAAAACACGUACCUCGUGCCAUUUUCGUAGAUCUUGAACCUACUGUUAUCGAUGAAGUACGAACCGGUACUUAUCGUCAAUUGUUCCAUCCUGAACAACUUAUUAGCGGCAAAGAAGAUGCAGCUAAUAACUUUGCUAGAGGCCACUACACAAUUGGGAAGGAGAUUGUGGAUCUAUGCCUUGAUAGGAUCAGAAAGCUUGCUGAUAACUGCACUGGGCUGCAAGGGUUUUUGGUAUUUCAUGCUGUUGGUGGUGGUACAGGAUCUGGUCUUGGAUCUCUACUUCUUGAGAGACUCUCAGUUGAUUAUGGAAAGAAAUCAAAAUUGGGGUUUACUGUUUACCCGUCUCCACAGGUUUCAACUUCUGUGGUUGAACCUUACAACAGUGUUUUGUCUACUCAUUCUCUUCUGGAACACACUGAUGUGUCUGUACUACUUGAUAAUGAAGCUAUUUAUGAUAUCUGCCGUAGAUCUUUGGACAUUGAAAGACCUACCUACACAAACCUUAACAGGUUGAUAUCACAGGUUAUAUCAUCAUUGACUGCUUCACUCCGUUUUGAUGGAGCUCUGAAUGUGGAUGUUACAGAAUUCCAGACUAAUCUGGUUCCUUACCCACGUAUUCAUUUUAUGCUUUCUUCGUAUGCCCCAGUGAUAUCCGCAGAGAAGGCUUAUCAUGAACAACUGUCAGUUGCAGAGAUUACUAAUACUGCAUUCGAGCCCUCUUCGAUGAUGGCCAAGUGUGAUCCUCGCCACGGGAAAUACAUGGCUUGCUGUUUAAUGUACAGAGGUGAUGUUGUACCGAAGGACGUCAAUGCAGCUGUAGGAACAAUCAAGACAAAGAGGACGAUUCAGUUCGUUGAUUGGUGUCCUACUGGAUUCAAGUGCGGGAUCAAUUACGAACCACCUACAGUUGUUCCUGGUGGAGAUUUAGCUAAGGUUCAGAGAGCAGUUUGCAUGAUUUCAAACUCAACUAGUGUUGCAGAGGUGUUCUCAAGGAUCGAUCAUAAGUUUGAUCUCAUGUAUGCUAAGCGUGCAUUUGUGCACUGGUAUGUUGGUGAAGGAAUGGAGGAGGGUGAGUUUUCUGAAGCUCGUGAGGAUUUAGCUGCUCUAGAGAAAGACUAUGAGGAAGUUGGCUUAGAAUCCGCUGAAGGAGAAGAUGAUGAAGGGGAUGAGUACUAGAAUCUAAGAAAUAUAUAGGUCGCAAGGAAAACUAGGAUUUGCUUAAAUUAAUAACCAAAUGGACUCAUUGGAUGUUAGUUUUCCUUUUCGUUUUUUUCUUUUCUUUUUCUGUUAAGAGUUAAAUUGAAGUGUUAUGCUGAAAAUUUCAUAUCAUUAAAAUUAGUCAUCUUCAAUACGAAGUACUACUUUUACAAA